AUGAACUCAGAUUUGCAGAAGCAAUAUGAGAACGUGGAUUCACCAAUUGACAUGAUCACUAGCCUGAAAGGUAUGUUUCAGGAGCAAGCUCGAACUGAGAGAUACCAAACAGUUAAGUCUCUCAUUGAGUGCAAGCUACCAAUAGAUGGUCCAGUUAGUCCACAUGUCAUCAAGAUGAUGGGUUAUAUUGAUAACUUGGCUAAGUUGGAUUGUCCUAUCAGCCAAGAAUUCAAGAUGCAUGAUUCCAUGAAAGGCUUCUUACCAAUGUCUCAUGGCAUAACUCUCAGCAAGAUUCAAUGUCCUUCGACACAGGAUGAGCGAGAGCGCAUGAGUAAAAUCCCAUAUGCUUCUUCAAUAGGAUCUAUCAUGUAUGCUAUGAUUUGUACUCGUCAAGAUGUUGCAUAUGUUUUGAGAAUGACGAGUCGAUACCAAUCUGAUCCAUGUGAAAGUCACUGGACAACAGUCAAGAAUAUCCUCAAGCAUUUGAGAAAUACUAAGGAUAAAUUCUUGUUCUAUGGAGGAAUUGAUGAGCUUGUUGUAAGUGGUUACACUAAUGCUAAUUUUCAGACUGAUAAUGGUGGAUUGGAAGAGUUCCAAGCAAAGCACCAUAGCAUAGUCUCAAUGGAUGCAAAUGUUGUUGAUCCAUUGACCAAGCCUCUUCCAUGGCCUAAGUAUGAGAGUCAUACUGCAGCCAUGGGUAUUAAGUAUCUUAAGAUGUGA